AUGAGUGUUUACUCGAAGAUUCAGAAGAAGAAGAUAUCGAUAAAAGCUCUAUCCCAACUCCCUCGUAGAUGGAUUAACAGAGAUCGAGAAGCAGGACAUGAUCGCCUUUUCCAAGAUUACUUUGCAGAUGAACCGAGGGUUGAUGCAACUGGAAGAAGAGGCUUGUCACCACUCCAAAAAUGUACCGCUGCGAUACAAAUGUUAGCAUAUGGCGUAGCAGCUGAUGCUGUUGAUGAUUAUGUGCGCAUAGGUGAGAGCACUACAAUUGAAUGCUUGGAAAAAUUUGUUGAAGGUGUCAUUUUGGUGUUCGAAGAUGAAUACUUGCUAAAAUCAAAUCCAAAUGACGUUCGACGCCUGCUACAAAUGGCGGAGGGUCAUAGCUUUUCUGAUCGUUCUCCAGUGUUCGAUGAUAUUCUAAAUGACCGUGCUCCGGAGGUAAAUUAUACUAUUAAUGGUAAUAAUUAUACUAUGGGAUACUAUUUAGCAGACGAUAUUUAUCCUGAAUGA